AUGUUCAAUGGUACAAUUAUGGGAAAUCUGAAUAAUGUGUAGCAAAACUCGAUCAAAAACACUUUUAACUGUACUAUAGAUGCUGAAAAGGGCAUAAUUUGUUUCAAUUUAAGUAUUUGUCAGACUCUAAAUCCUAACUCUUCUUAUUUGGGACAGAAAGUUUACGUAACUCUCGUCAAGUUGGUUACGAAACACUACAGCUCCUACUUAUGAAAUCAAUUUUGGGCGGGAAAAUAUAGUAAACAACAACAGAAACCAAAAUGUCCACAACACGAUCCAGGGGAAAACAGAAUCGAACAGAUGGAGAUGAAGUGCCGAAUCCGAAGCGGAGAAAGACAGUUAAAGGUGCUGUUGUGGAGAAGGAGAAGGAACCAUUGCAAGAGGUUGAAGCUAAUCGUCCAAGCACAAUGACACAGAAAGAAGCCAAGAUGAUGGCCAAGCAUACACAACUGUCUGUAAAAGCUGAGUUGGACUCGACAUCACAGUCAAGUGAUGAGGAUCCGGAGGACCUGAAGGAUGAGUAUGGAAUUAACCUCUAUGAAAAGAAAAGACUGCAGAACAUCCAAGACAAUGCUGACUUUUUCUCCAAACUGGGAAUAAUGGAGAUGAAAAAUGAAGUAAAGAUGGCCAAUACUAAACCAAAAACGUCCAGCAGAGGCCUGAAACCGGUAAAGGAGAAAUCGUCGCCCCUUCCACGUAGAAGCAGUUUGCGUCUGAAAAGGAUUGACCCUGACGGUAACACACUGCCACCCUUACCUGUGGUGCCUGAGCCAGUUGAUGAACAUGCAAGGAAACCAAGUGGUCCACUAGAAAUGAAGGAAAGUUUACUGAAGGAAGAAAGUUUAGAGGAUCACAAAGAUCUGAUUGACAAAUUAAAAGGACUUGUGUUCGAGGGAACAAAAUCAAGGGAAGACAACCCAAGCAAAACUGCUCUUGGCAGUUUUAUGAAAAGCUUCAGUAAAAUGAAGCUUACAGCAGAAAGAGUUGCCAAAGUGGUACGUGAAAGAAUUUUUUCUGUGGACAUCCAUCCUUCGGAGGACAAGGUCCUAGUUGUGGCGGGGGAUAAGUGGGGAGCCGUGGGACUGUGGGAUGUGAUGCCGGGCCGUGAACACUCCACCGACGGUGUAAUAGCCUACACUCCCCACUCACGUCCUGUUAACGGUCUACGUUUCUGUCCGUGGAAUUCUUUACACCUCUACUCCUGUAGUUACGAUGGUACGCUGCGAGUCGGAGACCUUCAAAAGGAAGUUUUUGAUGAGGUAUAUGCCACUCCAGAAGAUGAUUACAACUUGCUGAAGAACUUUGAUUUCCAGUCAGAAUCGUCCAUUCUUGUCUCACAGCAGGAUGGCUCUGUAGCUUUAGUGGACAGACGUACUAAAGGAGUUGAAGCUGAACACGAAUACAAACUACACUGGAAGUCCUUGCGAACUGUCAGCGUCCACCCAGUACACACACAUAUCUUUGCCACUGCCUCCACCGACGGGACUGUGAGUUUGUGGGACCACAGAAAAUUGAAGUCCAGUGGCAAGAAAAAUGAGCCAAUCUACUUGAAACAGCACGCUAAAAGUGUGACAAGUGCUUACUUCUCUCCUCUCACUGGGAAAUAUAUCCUCACCACCUCCUUAGACGACAAAAUCAGUGUAUUUGAAAAUUCCAGCUCAGGAACAUCUUUGGGAGAAGGUAGAGUAAUGAGUCAUAACAACCAUGUUGGUCGCUGGCUGACCGGCUUCAGAGCAUCCUGGCACCCCCGAAGAGAGGAUGUAUUCGUGGUCGGCAGUAUGAAGAGACCCAGACAGAUUGAGAUCUACAAUGAUUUGUGUGAACCCUUGACAACAUUCCAGUGUCCAGACAACCUUGGAUCCGUGUGUUCACUAAAUGCUAUUCAUCCCACCAGAGACAUCCUUGUUGGAGCUAACUCCAGUGGCAGGCUGCAUGUCUUCAUGAAAACUUAAAAUGGGCCAUCAGUUCUCACAUAUCACUACGAAAUCAGAUUUUAAAAUGUUUCUGAAAAACAGAUUUUGUUUUAAUGCAAAAGCAACAUAAAUGGAAGCUACCAUUUACAUUUUAAAAAGAUCUGGUUUAAAAGUAAUUUGAUGAAGAAACGACCGUCAAUAAAUCAAGAUUUUGCUAUGUGUACUAUGUACCGAGUAGACAGAUUUUGUCUUGCCAUUCCUACUUGAUCACCGAUAGAUUUGUUGUGAUCAACCGGACUAUAGUAGGACCAUAUUGACUGUAAUAAUGCAUUGUUGGACACGGAAGUUCCGAGAUACAGACUUCGAGUGAGUGUCCAUAUCCUAGAACAAGAAGUGGAUUACAGGAAGUGAGAUAAUAUUACCACUGAGAGAAGUGGAUUUAUAUCCACAAGGUUGAUAACAAAUGGGUGUCCUGUGAGCCCAAGACAGCAGUUUGGUAAUAGGAGAAUGGCUUGCGUACAAGUUGAUUAUAACACUAUUUUACAUUUAUAUGAUAUAAAAUGUGAGCGUGUGCCAUUUUGAUUCAGACGAGGCGACUAUGUGAGAAUGGCGAUACUUUACUGUUGAGGCUGUGCAAGUAUUCCUGGAAUCUGGGAACUUUCAGCUUUUUAAAGUGAAAAAAAACUACUGUAUUUGAGCUAAAAUAAGUGUUCUGUGUAUUUACAAAAAUACAAAGUCUGUGCGCUUAAAAAAAAAUCAUAUACAGGGAAAAGUUUUCAUGUGAAAUCAGUGUGGGAAAAACAUUAUUAACUUUAAUAGUAACCUUUUUUUUCCACUUACAUACCUCUAUGUAGAAAAAAGGUUUUUUUAUGUUACAAUUAGCAUACCUAUCCUCCAUUCCUAAAGAAAAGAUGGGGUGUAUUUUGUAGAGGCAGGUGCACUCGCUAGGUCAAAUACGGUAUGUGAUUUCACUAGUUGUUCCUAGGCUCUGCCUAGCUUCGCUGUUUGAAGUUUUAUUUCUUUAAAGAUAAAUAAGAAAUCAUUGUCGACAUUGUAGUGGAAAAAGAACGAAAAAUAAGAAAAGGAAUUCCACAUGCUUGGCAUCUCCUACGGCUUUUCAAGUAAAAUAACCACCCAACAAAAGGCUCAAUGUUUGUCAAGGCAUAACCACCAAAAGUGAUUCAAACUGUAAGGUAUUAUGCAUUUAUUCUUAUAUAGUCAUACUUCAGCCCCCAAAAUUGGUUUUAAUUAAUUAGAAUUACGAUAAUUUGUUAAAAAGAGUUCAUCCAUUGGAUAGAUAUAAUCGUAUUAUACUGUAUACUCCUAAGAUAUUAUAUAGCAGAUAGCUUAUGAAUACCAAGUAGCUUUUCUUUGUUUUAAAAGAAUUAUCAUGUAGACUAUACCAAUUUUUGAGUGCAUCUCCGACAAUUAUUGACAUAUUUAGUGUUAGAUUCCAUUUGCUCCCCUGAUAAAGACAAACAAAAUUGCCUACAUCUGGUUUAAGAUAGUGUAGAUAAUGGUGUAGACUCUUAGAAAUAUUUUUAUCCAUCAAUAAUCUCGUGUCUAGUAAUAAGCCCACACAUGUAUAUUGCAGUAAGUAAAAAUGUUUUCAUUUCCUUCACCUGCAAUAUUAGUCUCAUCCUAAAUUUUGAGUCAAAAUUUAUGUUCUGGCCACCAUGGAAUUUUACAGGAUAAAUAUGGUUUAGAUAUAUAUGUAGAUACAACAAAUUUCCUCAUCAGUACAAUACAUUUGUUCAUUAUAAAGUCGGUAUACAGACAAAACACAGAAGACUCGGGUAUUUUCUAGUCCGGAUUCUAAUUUCAGAAUCAAAACAUUUAUUGAUAUAAAUAUAUUUACAUUAGUUAAGAAAUCAUUUGAAAAAUAAUCUCAGUAAAAACAGAGCAUGCAAGUUUAUAUGAUGUGUAUUGUAUGUUGUGUAAAAUAAUCAUGUUUCCCACAAUAAUUUGGUCCUUUAUAUUGUGUCCUGAUAAAAUAAGUUUUUCUGCUAUAUAAAAACAUAAGUUAACUUCUAUUGAAAAGUAGAUAUCUAGAAUUUCUGUUUUCAGCAGCAAGGUUAUUUAGUUGUUUAUAUAUCUAUAAACAAGUGAUUUUUGUCAAUCUAUUCAAUUGUAGGUUGUUGAUAAUACUUAUGAUAUUCAAAUAAAUAUCUCCAUAAUGUUAAGAAAACAUCACAAAUUUGAUAGAUUUAAGAUAAUCAUAAUUGUAAAAAAUACUGUUUUACAAAAAUGUUCUAAAUAAAAAAAUUUACAAACUGA